AUGGUCAGCUGUAGUCGCGGGUCCUUUUACUGGAGGUGACAUUCAGUCGGCUAGCAGGAAGAGGGGGAGCAGUUAGCAUCGACAAAGACUUCAACAUGGCGCAGGCAGUGCAAAAGUUGGUCGCUAAAGUACCUACGCUGGUCGGCGCCGCUGUCACCUACUCCAAACCUCGGCUAGCAACCUUCUGGCACUAUGCCCGUGUUGAACUUGUCCCCCCUACACCUGCCGAGAUCCCCAAGGCCAUCGAGGGGGCCACAAACCUCAUCAAGGGUUUCCAGACUGGACGUCUCAGUCAAACCACAGUGAAGGAUGCUCUAAGGAAUGGACUGGUGGCCACUGAGGUGUUGAUGUGGUUCUACAUAGGAGAGUGUAUUGGCAAAGGAGGCAUUGUUGGUUAUGAUGUCUGAAUUUUGAACUGGCAUGUUUUUUUUUUUGUUUUUUUCUCUCCUCUUGGGCGUUGUAUGCUCCUGCAAAAUUCCUGGGAACUAAUAAACAGAUGUCUAUUGUUAAAACUACAGUGA